GCGCUCCCGGGCCGUGGGGGCGAGAACGCCGGCGGCGGCGAGCGACGCCCCCAGGCAGCCGCAAACUUCGCGGCGGCGUCCGCAGUCUGGCGAGACAGACACCUCGCAACGUCAAAUCCAAUUCCCUUCCCCUACCUGAGCGAUGGAGGCUGCGGCCGCCAGAGCGUCCCGGCCGCCCGCCCCUGCCUAGCCGCUAGCUAGGGACCAACAGCGCCACGGCGAGCGAGAGUGGAGGGGAGAGGGAGUCUUGUCUGCAAAGUGCUGCUCCCUGGUGCUCAGAGGCGGCUGCUCCAGCUCCAACUCUCAUUCAUUUCGCCGGUUAACAUGAGAGAUCAUGGCCGCCUUCGGGCUUCUCAGUUAUGAACAGAGACCGCUGAAGCGCCCGCGCCUCGGGCCGCCCGAUGUCUACCCGCAGGACCCCAAGCAGAAGGAGGAUGAACUUACCGCUGUGAAUGUAAAGCAGGGUUUCAACAAUCAGCCAGCCUUCACUGGAGACGAACAUGGCUCUGCCAGAAACAUUGUAAUCAACCCAUCAAAGAUCGGUGCGUAUUUCAGCAGCAUAUUGGCCGAGAAACUAAAGCUUAACACUUUCCAGGACACCGGAAAGAAGAAACCCCAAGUCAAUGCUAAAGAUAAUUAUUGGCUGGUUACUGCUCGAUCUCAGAGUGCAAUUCAUAGUUGGUUCUCUGACUUAGCAGGAAAUAAGCCACUUGCUAUUUUGGCAAAAAAGGAGCUGCCUCUGGCCAAGUCAGGUGUCCCUCAGGUCCCCAUCCUUAGUAAAAAGGAGGACGUUUUUGCAUAUUUAGCUAAGUAUUCUGUGCCAAUGGUUCGAGCGACCUGGCUGAUCAAGAUGACUUGUGCCUAUUAUUCUGCUAUUUCUGAAGCUAAGAUUAAGAAACGCCAGGCUCCGGAUCCCAAUUUGGAGUGGACGCAGAUAUCUACCAGGUACCUUAGAGAGCAGUUGGUCAAGAUCUCUGACUUUUACCACAUGGCCUCCAGUACAGGUGAUGGUCCUGUCCCUGUGCCACCAGAGGUUGAACAAGCCAUGAAGCAGUGGGAGUACAACGAGAAGCUGGCAUUUCACAUGUUCCAGGAAGGAAUGUUGGAAAAACACGAGUAUUUGACAUGGAUCCUGGACGUCUUAGAAAAGAUCAGACCAGUGGACGACAGCCUUCUCAAGCUCCUUUUGCCCCUGAUGCUGCAGUAUUCAGAUGAGUUCGUGCAGUCAGCCUACCUGUCUCGUCGGCUAGCGUACUUUUGUGCCCGGCGUCUUUCCUUGCUACUGAGUGAUAGCCCCAACCUCCUUGCUGCUCACUCACCCCACAUGAUAAUCGGAGCAAACAACACGAGUAUCGGGACCCCCAGUCCUGGCACCCCUGGCCCUGGUAUGAGCCCCAUGCAGCUGGCCUUCUCGGAUUUCCUUUCCUGUGCACAGCAUGGCCCCUUGGUUUAUGGACUUAGUUGUAUGUUGCAGACUGUCACUCUGUGUUGCCCAAGUGCCUUGGUGUGGAAUUAUUCCACAAAUGAAAACAAGAUCGCAAACCCAGGCUCUCCCCUGGAUCUGCUGCAGGUUGCCCCUUCCAGCCUCCCCAUGCCGGGUGGGAAUACAGCUUUCAAUCAGCAGGUCCGGGCAAGGAUUUAUGAGGUAGAACAGCAAAUAAAACAGAGAGGCCGUGCAGUAGAAGUUCGGUGGUCUUUUGACAAGUGUCAAGAGUCGACGGCAGGGGUGACUAUUAGUCGGGUUUUGCACACACUGGAAGUCUUGGAUCGUCAUUGUUUUGACCGAACUGAUUCCAGCAAUUCGAUGGAGACGCUUUAUCAUAAAAUUUUCUGGGCAAACCAAAACAAAGAUAACCAAGAGGUUGCCCCCAAUGAUGAAGCUGUGGUGACGUUGUUAUGUGAAUGGGCCGUGAGCUGCAAACGAUCUGGCAAGCACAGGGCCAUGGCCGUGGCGAAACUCUUGGAGAAAAGGCAAGCAGAGAUUGAGGCAGAGAGCUGUGGUCAUCAAAAACAAAAGAUGACAUUGUUGACUUUGGGACUGGAGGACACUGUUAAGAGAUGUGGCGAAUCAGAAGUCCUAGAUGAGAAAGAGUCCAUUUCUUCAGCCUCUCUUACUGGAUCUAGUUUGCCUGUUUUCCAGAACGUUUUGCUAAGAUUUUUAGAUACACAGGCUCCAUCACUGUCGGACCCAAACAGUGAAUGCGAGAAGGUGGAAUUUGUGAACUUGGUGCUGCUCUUCUGUGAGUUUAUCCGCCAUGACGUCUUCUCCCAUGAUGCAUACAUGUGCACCCUCAUCUCCAGAGGAGAUUUGUCAGUCACUGCCUCUGCUGGGCUGCGGUCGCCAGCAGGAGAGAAUGCAGAUGAACACUAUUCUAAGGACCACGAUAUGAAGAUGGAGGAACACAGUCUCAUGGCGCACAUGGGCCUUGGCUCAGGAACCACUAACAUUUUUGAUGACGUAGACAAGAGUGACUUUAAAAGUGACUUUGGUUCUGAGUUUCCAAUUUUUUCUCCCAUGCCUGGAGAAUCCUGUGAGAAUGCCAACCCUUCCCUGAGCAGAAGAAUGUCACUUAAUGGUGAGAAAUUGCUAAAGAGAGAAAAACCAAGGGAAUUAAUUUUUCCAUCAAACUAUGACCUCCUCCGUCAUCUGCAGUAUGCAACCCACUUUCCUAUACCUCUGGAUGAGUCUUCAAGUCAUGAAUGUAACCAGCGCACAAUCCUUCUCUAUGGAGUCGGGAAAGAGCGUGAUGAAGCCAGGCAUCAGCUGAAGAAGAUUACCAAAGAUAUCCUGAAAAUCCUAAACAAGAAGAGCACCACAGAAUCAGGGGUUGGGGAUGAAGGACAGAAAGCCAGGAAGAGCAAGCAGGAAGUUUUUCCAACCCCGGAAACUGUGUUCACGAAACUCCAGCUCCUCUCAUACUUUGAUCAGCAUCAAGUGACAUCUCAGAUCUCUAACAAUGUGCUGGAGCAAAUUACAAGCUUUGCAUCUGGAACGUCCUAUCACCUCCCUUUGGCUCACCAUAUUCAACUCAUCUUUGAUCUCAUGGAACCAGCACUGAACAUCAAUGGACUCAUUGACUUUGCAAUACAGUUACUGAAUGAACUGAGUGUGGUGGAAGCUGAGCUGCUCCUGAAGUCUUCUAGCCUGGCAGGAAGUUACACUACAGGACUGUGCGUCUGCAUCGUGGCUGUUCUCAGGCGGUAUCAUAGUUGCCUGAUCCUAAAUCCUGAUCAGACAGCCCAGGUGUUUGAAGGGUUGUGUGGCGUGGUGAAGCAUGUUGUCAACCCCUCGGAAUGCUCUUCUCCUGAAAGAUGUAUCCUGGCCUAUCUCUAUGACCUCUAUGUGUCAUGCAGCCACCUCAGAAGUAAAUUUGGAGACCUUUUCAGUAGUGCCUGUUCAAAAGUAAAGCAGACCAUCUAUAAUAACGUAAUGCCUGCAAAUUCCAACUUACGCUGGGAUCCAGACUUUAUGAUGGAUUUUAUUGAGAAUCCCUCAGCAAGAAGCAUCAACUACUCAAUGCUGGGCAAGAUCCUCAGUGACAAUGCUGCCAAUCGGUACAGCUUUGUCUGCAACACGCUCAUGAAUGUGUGCAUGGGACACCAGGACGCUGGCCGGAUAAAUGACAUAGCCAAUUUCUCCUCUGAGUUGACUGCGUGCUGUACAGUUCUUAGUUCCGAGUGGCUGGGGGUUCUGAAGGCUCUUUGUUGUUCUUCAAAUCAUGUGUGGGGAUUUAAUGAUGUACUCUGCACUGUAGAUGUGAGUGACCUUUCAUUCCAUGAUUCAUUAGCUACUUUCAUUGCUAUCCUGAUAGCACGACAGUGUUUCUCCCUGGAGGACGUCGUGCAACAUGUCGCACUCCCCUCUCUUCUAGCGGCAGCUUGUGGAGAUGCGGAUGCAGAGCCCGGGGCGAGAAUGACAUGCCGCCUCCUGCUUCAUCUCUUCCGAGCUCCCCAGGCCUGCUUUUUCCCUCAAGCAACAGGCAAACCUUUCCCUGGAAUAAGAUCAUCUUGUGAUAGACACCUCUUAGCUGCAGCUCACAACAGCAUAGAAGUGGGAGCUGUUUUUGCUGUCUUAAAGGCAAUUAUGAUGCUUGGAGAUGCCAAGAUUGGCAGCAACAAUGUCAACACUUUAAAGAAUGAUGAGUUCAGCAUGAGGGGUUUAAGACGUGAUGGGAAUGCUGAAGAUGCCUGGGCCACCACACAGAAUUCAAAAGCCUAUGGGAAAAGUAUUUCUAUAGAAACUGCCAAUCUGAGAGAAUAUGCUAGAUAUGUGCUGAGGACUAUCUGCCAACAGGAAUGGGUAGGAGAACAUUGCUUAAAAGAGCCAGAACGAUUAUGUACAGACAAAGAACUUAUUUUGGACCCUGUGCUUUCAAACAUGCAAGCACAGAAAUUGCUGCAGCUGAUCUGUUACCCUCAUGGUAUUAAAGAGUGUACAGAGGGGGACAACCUGCAGAGACAGCACAUUAAGCGCAUUCUUCAGAAUCUUGAGCAGUGGACAUUGAGACAAUCCUGGUUAGAGCUUCAGUUAAUGAUCAAACAAUGCUUGAAGGACCCUAGCUCUGGCUCUGUGGCUGAAAUGAACAACUUACUGGACAACAUCGCAAAGGCAACAAUAGAAGUAUUCCAGCAGUCUGCAGACCUAAAUAAUAAUGCCCCCAAUUCUGGCAUAAGCCUCUUCAACCCAAAUGGGAUUGGAAGUGCUGAUACCAGUAGCACAAGACAGAAUGGAAUAAAGACAUUUUUAAGUUCCUCUGAACGCAGGGGUGUGUGGCUGGUGGCCCCCCUCAUCGCCAGGCUGCCAACCUCCGUGCAGGGAAGAGUGUUGAAAGCUGCUGGGGAAGAGCUGGAGAAGGGGCAGCACCUGGGUUCUUCUUCAAAGAAGGAAAGAGAUAGGCAGAAGCAGAAGAGUAUGUCUCUCUUGAGUCAGCAACCUUUCCUCUCCUUGGUCCUUACCUGCCUUAAGGGGCAAGAUGAACAACGGGAAGGCCUCCUAACAUCCCUGCAGAAUCAAGUCAAUCAGAUUUUAAGUAACUGGCGGGAAGAAAGAUACCAAGAUGAUACGAAAGCCCGCCAGAUGAUGCACGAGGCUUUGCAACUCCGGUUGAAUCUGGUAGGAGGAAUGUUUGACACAGUGCAGCGGAGCACCCAGGGGACCACUGACUGGGCUCUCCUACUCCUCCAGAUUAUUACUUCAGGAACUGUUGACAUGCACACUAACAAUGAAUUAUUCACAACAGUUCUUGACAUGCUGGGCGUUUUAAUCAAUGGGACAUUGGCUUCGGACCUAUCAAAUGCUUCCCCUGGGGGCUCUGAAGAGAACAAACGUGCAUACAUGAAUUUAGUAAAGAAACUGAAAAAAGAACUAGGCGACAAGCGGUCCGAAAGCAUUGACAAAGUCCGGCAGUUGCUGCCUUUGCCAAAGCAGACAUGCGAUGUCAUCACUUGUGAACCCAUGGGUUCUUUGAUUGAUACAAAGGGAAACAAAAUUGCUGGAUUUGACUCCAUCGAUAAAAAACAGGGUCUCCAGGUCUCUACAAAGCAGAAGGUGUCCCCAUGGGACCUGUUUGAGGGUCAGAAGAACCCGGCUCCUCUGUCCUGGGCCUGGUUCGGCACUGUCCGUGUGGACCGGAAGGUGGUAAAGUAUGAGGAACAGCACCACUUCCUGCUGUACCACACGCAUACCAUGCCUAAGCCCCGCAGCUACUACCUUGAGCCACUGCCCCUACCUCCUGAGGAGGAAGAGGAAGAGCCCACAUCUCCAGUUUCUCAGGAACCAGAAAGGAAAUCAGCUGAACUGUCAGAUCAAGGAAAAACCACAGCUGACGAAGAGAAGAAGACAAAGGGAAGGAAGCGUAAGACAAAAUCCAGCUCCCGCGUUGAUGAGUAUCAACAGAGCAACAUCUACCGAGUGCCUCCUAAUUACUCGCCCAUGUCCUCUCAAAUGAUGCAUCAUCCACAGCCUGCACUGUGGGGUUACAACCUGGUGAGCCAGCCCCAGCAGCCCAGCUUCUUCCUUCAGAAUCAGUCUCUGAAUCCAGGUGGCUCCAGGUUGGACCCUGCAGGCUCCUUUGUCCCAACCAAUACAAAGCAAGCUUUAUCCAACAUGCUGCAGAGGCGCUCAGGUGCCAUGCUGCAACCACCUUCCCUUCAUGCAAUUACAUCUCAGCAGCAGUUGCUACAGAUGAAACUUCUGCAGCAGCAGCAGCAGCAGCAACAGCAGCAGCAGCAGCAGCAGCGGCUUCUCAGGCAGGCCCAGACUCGACCUUUCCAACAGGGCCAGCCAGGGGACCAGGCUGCUCUCUUUACUGCACAAGCACGGCCCUCCCCUCAGCUCCCUCAGUAUCCAGGGCUGCAGCAAGCACAGACCAUGCCCCAGGGCUACACAAUGUAUGGAACCCAGAUGCCCUUGCAACAGGCAGCUCAGCAGCAGUCUGGUGGUGUGGUCCUUUCCCCGAGCUACAAUUCCAGGGCCUAUCCAGCUACACACUCUAGUCCAGCGCUGAUGGAAAGACUCCGACAGCUUCAGCAGCAGCCAAGUGGCUACGCACAGCAGCAGGCCUCACCAUACCUGCAGCCUGUAGCUGGCUCUCAGAGACUGAACCACCAGGCUCUACAGCAGAGCCCUCUGGUGGGCGGGGGAAUUGAUGCUGUGCUGACUCCCGCACAUCCCAACCUCCCCUCGGUGCCCCUGCCUCAGGACCCAAUGAGGCCCAGACAGCCGCAAGUUCGACAGCAGCAGAGACUCCUCCAGAUGCAGCAGCCCCAGCAGGCCCCCCAGCCCCAGCAGCCCUCACAGCCCCAGAGUCAGGCCCUUGGUCUCCAAGCAAUGCAGCCCCAGCAGCCUUUGUUCCCCAGGCAAGGCUUGCAGCAGACCCAGCAGCAGCAACAGACAGCCGCCCUGGUGCGACAGCUCCAGAAGCAGCUUUCUAGUAACCAGCCACAGCAAGGAGUGACUCCCUGUGCGCAUCCUUCACACUUUUGAAUCUGAAAGAGAAGACGUGAUGUUUAUGUUUGCACUGAAAAACAGAAAAUCAUAUUUAUUAGUCAUCAUAAGAAGUCUUCUUUGGUCUUUGAGUUAUUUAUGUUUUCCUAUAUUUUGUGCUCCAUUUCAUGCAGAGGUAUUUAAAUAAGUAAAGAAGUUGUGGUUUGGUCUUAUCAUAUUCAAAAUAAGUUUUAAAAUGUGGAUCAUGCAGGCCUACUCCAGAUAGUGUGGUGGCAGACCUUUUGAAACUGUUGCUUUUUUAUCUCAUAUUUACAUAAAGAAUGAAUUACGGUAGGUUUGAAUAUUUAUGUAUUAAUUAAUGAUUUUUUUUAACCUGUGGUGGACCAAACUACUGAUUUGAAAGAUAUGGCAGUUCUCACAGGAGUAUGACACACUCGCUUUUCAUUUAUUUGCAUCAUUCUAAUUUGAAAUGUUGAUCAUUUCAUAAGCACUUUAUAAACUUUGUUCACAUUUAUGAAGGACUUUGCUUUGCUUUUGUUGUGGUCCAAAGGUGCUGAAACAGAUUGUUGCUUAGUACUUCUGCUUCUGCGGGGCUUCUGCGCGAGCCACCCUGAGAUGCGUGGGAGCCUCUUAGAAGUGGCUGCACUCCCCUUUGUUUCCAGUGGCACGAUCUUUCACCAGAUUCUUCAUGGAAGUACAACAUAGAACUGCUGGAGGCUGGAAGAGCCACGGUGGAAUCGGUUCAUUUAUUAUUUACUGCCGUUUUGGUAAAAAUAACUGUCCAGUUUUGGUUCUUCAGAACCUCAUGCCAACUUGAGAAAAAAAAACAAAAACAAAAACAAGUCUCACAGCUGGCCUUGGAUUCUACUGUGUUUAGACUUGACUUGGUUUCCAGAGGCUCUGGCUCCCCAGUCCAGAAGGCUCUGGUAUUCAUCAAAGGUGUACUUACUGUUAAUUUUGUAUGGUAAGUAUUUGCUAUUUUGAAUUUAAUUAUUAAUGUUGGUGUCUGUCUUGUUGUGUAUUGCUUAUACUGUAUUUAUAAACUGGUGCAAAAAGCACAAGUAAAGUAAAUUAUACAUCAAAUUUA